GGCUGAAGCUAGCUAAUUAGUAGUAUAUGUAAGUAUCCACCAUAGCUACUUAGCUAGGAACUCUACAACUGCUAGGUUAAAGCGAUGGAUUCUCAACAGGACCUGAAUCAGCCAGUCUUGAUCAACUCCAUGCAUGACCAUCAGCCACUAACACCUGAAUCCAUUCACUGUGCCGUCCAUGGGGUCGACUCGAGUCUCGAGCGAGUUUUAUCGGACAACGAGCUUUCAUUUUGCAAGCGUCUAGGAUUGGCUUCAUGGAUUGAACUCAGACUCCUCUUUCGCUUGGCUGGACCUGCUGUUUUUGUUUAUAUGAUCAACAAUACCAUGUCUUUAUCCACUCGUGUCUUUUGUGGUCAUCUAGGCAACCUUGAGCUUGCAGCCGCCUCUCUCGGCAAUAGCGGCAUUCAACUCCUCGCUUAUGGCCUUAUGCUAGGAAUGGGAAGUGCAGUCGAGACACUUUGCGGACAAGCUUACGGGGCUCACAGGUUCUCAAUGCUAGGGGUUUAUCUUCAAAGAUCAACCGUUGUCCUUACUCUAACAGGGAUCCCAUUAAUACUAGCCUAUGUGUUCUCGAAGCCAAUCAUGAUCUUACUCGGCGAAUCCAAAGAGGUAGCAUCCGCAGCUGCCAUUUUUGUCUACGGCCUGAUCCCACAAAUCUUCGCUUACGCCGUCAACUUCCCGAUCCAAAAGUUUCUCCAAUCCCAAAGCAUCGUGAACCCGAGUGCAUACAUCUCGGCCGCCACGCUCGUGGCGCACAUAUUGUUAAGUUGGCUGGCGGUUUAUAAGCUUGGUCUGGGGUUGAUUGGCGCAUCUCUGGUGCUGAGCCUGUCAUGGUGGAUCAUAGUGGUGGCACAGGUGGUCUAUAUCUUGAUGAGUGAAAAGUGUAGGCUUACAUGGGUUGGCCUGAGCUUACAGGCCUUUUCUGGUCUAUGGGAUUUUCUGAAAUUCUCGAUCGGUUCGGCCGUGAUGCUGUGCUUGGAGAUUUGGUACAUGCAGAUACUGGUGUUGGUUGCUGGUUUGCUGGAGAAGCCUGAGCUUGCAUUGGACUCUCUUUCUAUAUGCAUGUCAAUAUCCACCUUGAUGCUCAUGGUUUCAGUUGGGUUCAAUGCAGCUGCAAGUGUUAGGGUGAGCAAUGAGCUGGGCGCCGGCCACCCCAAGUCGGCAGCAUUCACAGUUACCGUCGUGACUUUGGUUUCCUUAAGCAUUGCUGUCGUAGAAGCCGUCGUCGUUUUAGCUCUACGCCAUGUGAUUAGCUUUGCAUUUACGGAAGGUGAGACCGUGGCCGAGGCAGUGUCGGACCUAUGCCCAUUCUUGGCCGUCACUCUUGUUCUUAAUGGGGUUCAACCUGUCUUGUCCGGGGUGGCUGUUGGGUGUGGAUGGCAAACAUUUGUUGCAUAUGUAAACGUGGGAUGCUACUACGUUGUAGGGAUCCCUCUGGGGUGCGUUCUAGGCUUUAAGUACAAUCUUGGGGCAAAGGGAAUAUGGUCUGGGAUGAUUGGAGGAACAUUGAUGCAGACCCUCAUUUUAUUGUGGGUGACAUUUACUACAGAUUGGAACAAAGAGGUGGAACAACCAAGAAGCGGUUGGACAAAUGGGAAGAUAAGGAGCCUCUUCUAAAGAAGUAAAGAUUAUUAAGCUUUACCUGCAUAUGCAUCACAAAGUUGAAGAAAUGAAUCAGGACUCGAUUAACCCACCACAAAUAAGUCAAAAUGCCAAUGCCAUGGCAUUUUGCUCAUACUACCAUCAAAUGGUUUGCUUAUUGUAGCUUUCGGGCUUAUAAGCCUCGAAAUACGGUUGGCUUGAACUCACAGCUGAGAGUUUACAGUUCUCUAGAGUUUGAUUGAUUAUAUAAAACAUAAACUAAGUUCCCCA